AUGUUAGCACGUUUAUUUUUCAUCCUCAUAUCACCUGCAGGAAUGUGGAACAAUGAAAAAAUCUUCAAUUACAACCUUAUAUAUCUCGUUGACGUGGGGUCACCAAUCCAAUACUUUAGCAAUCAAAACGCCAAUGAUUUUUAUAAUGAACAUGGUCGGCGUUUUCUCGAAUCUAUGCCAUUUAAAAGCUUACGCUUCAUUACUGAGGGCUUUCCAUCUGGAUCUUUUCGAGCCGAGACGGAUCAGAGUUAUAUGCAACCUUAUUAUCUUUUUACUAAACGAUACAUAGAGGAGACCAACAAACCAAGUAUUAACAAAGAAAUAGCCUCAAACCACCGCUUUUGUCAUCAGGACUUAAAGAGUGCGAGUAUAUAUGGCCCUAUAAGUAUUUCCAAAAUUAUAGAGGGGCACUUUCCACGAUGCAAAACAAUUCAACUAAUAGAGCUUAUCCACUUUAGACUGAUCAAAAUUGUAAGAUCGAAGGAUGAUUGUAGAUAUGAUCGGCAGAGACUGUGCAUGGUAGAAGAUAAAAGAGUUGAGGCCAAAUCUGUCAAGGACAAAUUCCAGCCCAUUGCGGCCGUGAGAAGUAAUGGAAGAAACGCCUACCUUGUGACCGUGGAGGGAAUACUCAAGAUUAUCCUACAAAAGUCAGCAGACGAGUACAUCAUAAUUCCGAAACUCGGAGGCCUGCCCACUAACGACAUUUACAAAUUCUUAUCUCGGUUUGAUUACCCGUCAGAUUCUGCUGAUGUAAGCAACCUCGAGUCGGCUAGUAUAGACCUCUUCAGUAGCACAACAGACGAGGGAACUAGAAUCUUCAAUGAAUUUAUUAGCACUCAUAAUCUUAAAUGA